UCGUUAACAUCCAUAUCCCUUCAUAACUCGCUUCGUCUCCAUCAUGUCUCUCCAGGACCGCGCCCAGUCGCACAUCUCGGCUCUCGACAAAGAGCUGUCCAAAUACCCCGCUCUCAACAACUUUGAGAAGCAGACGUCGGUGCCCAAGGUCUACCUCAUCCUCGGCCUCGCUGGCCUCUACUUCUUCCUCAUCUUCUUCAACAUCGCCGGCGACUUCCUCGUCAACAUUGCCGCCUUCGUCCUUCCGGGUUACUACUCUCUCGAUGCCUUGUUCACCUCCAGUCACGCCGAUGAUACUCAGUGGUUGACGUACUGGGUGGUCUUUGCCUUCUUGACCGUCUUUGAGAGCGCCGUAAACGCCGUUUACUGGUUCCCUUUCUACUACACUUUCAAAUUCGUCCUCGUGCUCUGGAUGUCUCUUCCGCAGACGUCCGGUGCCCAGAUCAUCUUCCGCUCCUUCAUCCAACCCGUCUUCUCCCGCUACUUCGCCGAGUCCCGCUCCACUGCUGCUAACCUCCGCACCAAGGCUGACUCGGCUGGCAAGUCCCAUGCCUUGUAAGCCCGUCCUUCCUGGAAUAAGCCGUCUAACAGUCGCUUGGUGUAGCAGUAGCUAGCUCGGAGGUGGGAGAGGCGACGGGCGCGGCGGCUGAGGAGGACUGGGUAAUAACUCAAGAAGAAGACGGCCAGGAACGAACCCCUUCUCCCGUCCAGGACAAUGAUAACGAUAGGGUCGAGGAGAAGGACAAUGAUAACGAUGCGGAUGUGAAGGAGGACGAGGGAGGGGAGGAUGUUGUAGUAGGACAACUGAAAUAUGGUUUCCGCGUGACAGUUGAACGGAGGAAGGUGUAAUGUCAGCGAGAACACGGUCCUACUCGUAUAUUUCCUGGGAAUCGGAGUUUCUCUAGAUCGCGUGGAACUGUCAGUGCCUUUUCUCUGAAUGAUUGAUAUCUAUCGCGGUCGAGGUGGCUAUAUUUUCUUGAACAGAGCUUCUAUCUCCCUUGA